AUGAUUUUCUACAUGAUUGUUGUGCCAUAUUUGUGCUAUUUUGGACUUUACGAUAUUUACUACAAUAAUUUCGAUAAAUUGGACAAUUUGGGAUGCUCGGAGCUUCAAAAAUCGCUUGUCAAAUGGAUGAUAAAUAAUUUCUUCGUCAUGCUCUUCUUUCUUCACAAAUUUCAACCGAGACGCGUGUUCACUAAUCGAAAUAUGUUGAGACAAGGAUCGCUUGGUGUCGCGUUGACAUCUGUAUGGAUUCCAGUGGUUAAAGACUCCGCCCACUUCCUGAUCCCGCUGAUGUUAAUCCACGCCUUCUGCCUCGUCAUCGGACCACUUCACACGCAUUAUCAAUUUAUUCGAAGAAUUUUGAAUCGCAAUCAAAUGUAUAUCUCAUUAAUCCAAGCUUAUAUCUUAUUUUUCAACAUGUACGGGAGAGGAGCCGCUCUCCAUUUUCUCGAAAAACCGUUUCCCGUAGAAAUCGAUUGUUUGGAUUACUAUACAGCCUACCUCAUGUAUCCACGUACUCCAUUUGAAUUUGUGAAAAUUGAAAGUUAUUUGGCAGUGAUUUUAUUGGCAGUCACUAUGGUUUUGCCGGAUUUUUUGGAUCGUAUUUGA